AUGUAUCAAGAGCCAAUCUUCGAUAAAAGAGAAGGUUCCAUCGGAACAAAACUUUUCUUAUUUCAGGAUACCCUGUCUCUUUUUUUGUGGGGAUCAAUGACAAAAAGAUACUGGAACAUAACGUUGGAAGAGAUGAUGGAAGCGGGAGUUCAUUUUGGCCAUGGUACUAGAAAAUGGAAUCCCAGAAUGGCACCUUAUAUAUCCACAAAACGUAAGGGUAUUCAUAUUCUAAAUCUUACAAGAACUGCUCGCUUUUUAUCAGAAGCUUGUGAUUUGGUUUUUGAUGCAGCAAGUAAGGGGAAACAAUUUUUAAUUGUUGGCACAAAAAAUAAAGCUGCGGAUUUAAUAGCACGGGCUGCAACAAGAGCUCGGUGUCAUUAUGUUAAUAAGAAAUGGCUCGGCGGUAUGUUAACCAAUUGGUAUACUACAGAAACGAGACUUCAUAAGUUCAGGUCCUUGAGAACAGAACAAAAAACGGGCAGAAUCCAUAGUUUGCCAAAAGAUACUGCUAUUUUGAAGAGACAGUUAUCGCACUUGGAAACCUAUCUGGGUGGCAUUAAAUAUAUGACUGGCUUACCCGAUAUUGUCAUAAUCGUUGAUCAGCAAGAGGAGUAUACCGCUCUUAGAGAAUGUAUCACUUUGGGAAUUCCAACGAUUUGUUUAAUCGAUACAAAUUGUGACCCCAAUCUCGCGGAUAUUUCGAUUCCAGCUAAUGAUGAUGCUAUAGCUUCAAUUCGGUUAAUUCUUAACAAAUUAGUAUUUGCAAUUUGUGAAGGUCGUUCUAGCUAUAUACGAAAUUCUUAAUUAAUAAUAAAAUAAAUUAUUCCAUUGAGAACUUCAUAGAUUUAUAGAAUCGGUUACUAUAACUAAUUUACUAAAUCGCGCAAAAAACAAAAAACCCAGAAAUAUUAAGUGAUUAGUCGAUAUUCAAAAUAAAAGAUUUAACAGACAAUUGAAAAAAUAGAUGAUUGAAUCAAAAUAAUUCCUUUCAAGUUCUAUUUAUUUUGAGGGCAAUAUGAAUAUUCUAUUAUGUUCC